AUGACGGAAUAUGAACUCGAUAAGCCCUCAGCAGAACGCGAUAAUUCAUUUUCGAAAGCAAAGAACGACCGGUCGAAUGAAUUGCGAAAAAUUCACAUAAUUGAUCGUUUAAUCAACAAACAUCGUGCAAAAAGAAACGAAUCGCAGUCUUUAGACGUAGAAAAGAAUGAAACGUUCAUUGAUGAAGGCGAAAUGAUGAAAAAAGCCCUGGAAAAGGCUGCUCGAGAAGCAAUUUUACUUGAAACAAAGCGCGCUGCCAUUAGGUCUCGAUCUAUGGGCGCUCAGGGGUGGUUGACUAAUAAAAUACUGAAUAUAUGGUCAGUUAUGAAAGAACUGUAA